UCUUUAAUGUCGAGGUUGUGUUGGAAAAGUCUUCGCGCGGCAAACUCGUCAUCAGGUUAAAUCGGACGGUCGCCCAUUAGUUUAUAUAACUAUCAGCAGAUCAUGUCACCCAAUUAACUAAUUUUUGACAAAAUACCCAGAUUGCUUAUUGAGGAAACGAGGAUCGUGUUUGUGAUGGAUCCCGAAUUCGACCGUGUGGUCGGACACAUUGAAACUUGUUUAUGUUAGCGUUUCUGGUGACUUUAGGGGUUUAGGGAAUUGUUAAUAUAAUUUUGGCCUUCAAAGCAAAGAUGUAUCAGGGCGUUCAGCUCCCUUUGUGUUUGAUAUGUGGCCUGUAUUCACAGGAUAUACAGAAGCAGCGGCAUGGAUUACACUCGUCUCUGAAGUUAUCUAACGGUUAUAUUUUACCGGAAGGCAAGAUGACGCCCAACACGCUGUUCGUCGGCGGGAUUGACAUGAAGGUCGAUGAGAACGAAAUCAGAGACUUCUUUGCCAAGUAUGGGUGUGUGAAAGAAGUCAAGAUAAUCACUUACCGAGGAGGAAUAUGCAAAGGGUACGGUUUCGUUUACUUCAGUGAGGACGUCGAUAUCCAGAAUAUCGUUGAUCAACCGAUCUGUUUUAAAGGGAAAAAGCUCAAACUAGGGCCAGCCAUCAUGAAAGAGCGAAAUUCCCGUAAGAUUCUGUUUGGCUCAAUGCAAUCUCCCAUGAUUGGACCAUCACAGUGGGUAAGCCCCUCCCCAUAUGUGUACUGUAGCUGCUGCCCCCCGAGCUUGGCCCCACCCUCACCUGUCUUUAAUGGAGGGAAUCAAUACAUGCAGCCUUACUCUUACUCCAGCCUUCCAGGAGUUAUGAUCCCACAAGUGCCCAUGAACUAUGCACAGACCACGUAUCCCUACCAGUAUCCCCUGCCACAGUGGUGUGGAGAACAGAGAACAAGACUUGUCAAUCAGGUCAGCGCUUCACACCUUUUUUCCGAACUAUGUGGAUUGUGGAGUCCAAACUUUGCUAACCCUUCUGUAGCUUUUACCUGCGGUGCAGAUUCAAUUUUCAUGGGUAGAUUGUCUUAGAAGCAGAGGAGAUUAUCUUGCUGGAUACCAAGCAGUGAACCUCCUUAAAAUCCUUCUGUUUAUCAAACACAUUUCAGAUAUGGUCACUCGGGAUGUGAUGUGAAGAUGUGUUUUUCACAUCCACACUUAAAACAUUUGAUAAGCCUUGUGUGCUUGCUCUUACCGCCCAUUUAUUUGUUUUGUCUGUUUUUCUUUCUUUGUCAUGGCCAACAAACUUUAAAGACACUUUUAAGAUCACAUAUUUAUAUUUUAUUUGUUUGCUUAUUUUAAUGUUUGAUUCACUCCUGGUGAUGCACUGUAUGCAUUAAGGUAAUUUGUUCUGAGGUACUAUUCAUGCUAACUCGUUCAUUUAUUUACUCUUUGAAGCUGGCGAGUGUUCACUGUUAAAUACGGUUUCAUUUUGGGGUUCUCACAUUCAGGGCACAUAUUUGGAUUUUCGCUAUGUGGUUGUUAAGCACCAGGGUACAGUGACCUUUCUUUCCCAUUUUAAUCUGUACAAAAAUCUACUUUCAUACAUGCAUCUGUCAAUAUCACUGUACCUAAAUUAAUUUUUUGUUAAUGCUGGUUUUCCUCCAUGUUCGAGCAGUUGAGAGGUGUAAAUAAAAUCAUUGCAUUAAUUCAAACAGUACAAUAAAAAUGUUAUACCGGGCCCUGUAACAUUCACAAACUUGUAAAAAAAAAUAA